AACCUUUGUUUACUGCCACAUUAUUCUAUCUAGAGCUAUAUAUCCAGCAGCAAAGAAAAACAAAGAAUCCACACCAGGCAUAAACACCUCCCUUGACUACAAGAUGUGACCUAUGGCCCACAAAGUUCCCCGCCCACCUCCUAUUUACCACACAGUCCACCUCCUGUUUACCACACAAUUUCCCUAUUAGAGAUUCAUUCAUUUGGAUUUUUAAAACUUUGGAUAACCAGGGAGAUUGGACAAUAAUCCCUCUUGCCCAACUAUUUCCUCAGGUCUCUCCUGCCCUACAAUUUCCAGAGUCUUUUUUCCCUUUGGCUGUAUUGUGAAAGAAGGAAAGGGAAUUCUUCAGGCCCCACUGAGAUGGGUAAACUCACAGGGUAACUGUAGAAUACGAUGGAGACAACUCUUCCCUCUGUCUCCCACCUCCACACCCCCAGAGAAACAACAAACUCCAAAGGCCAGCACCUUGAUGCCUGUCAGAGACAAUGUUUUCUAUUGAGGCCUCAUUUGGCUACUGUACAGCGAGACCUUUGGUCCAGUUUUAGAAAAUGAAGAGCACUUACUCUUGAUAAACACGGGGUGGAGCCUCCCUAGGCAGCAAUCUGAGGAGUAUAUAUAAGACCCAUCGGACCUUCCAAGAGCAUCCCCCGGCCGUCCUGUGAGCUGAAAACUUUCCUCUCUGCUUCGCAAAAUGAUUCGGCUAAUCAGUGCUGUUAAGCAGACGUUGCCCGUGAAAUCAGUGCUGCAGAGGCCCAAGAGGACCCUCAUCCCAUCAUCUCCCCUUCCCACAGUCCACCAGAGGUUUUUCGCAGCCUCCACUGUUCCUCUGGCAAAAACAGAUGCUUGGCCAAAAGAUGUGGGCAUCCUUGCCCUGGAGGUCUACUUUCCUGCCCAGUACGUGGACCAGACCGAGCUGGAGAAGUACGACAGUGUGGAAGCUGGCAAAUACACAGUGGGCUUAGGGCAGACCCAGAUGGGUUUCUGCUCUGUUCAAGAGGACAUUAACUCCCUGUGCUUGACGGUGGUUCAACGGCUGAUGGAGCGUACCAAGCUCCCUUGGGACAACGUGGGCCGGCUGGAGGUGGGCACAGAGACUAUCAUUGAUAAGUCCAAGGCCGUCAAAACAGUGCUCAUGGAACUCUUCCAGGAUUCAGGGAACACAGACAUAGAGGGCAUUGAUACCACCAACGCCUGCUAUGGAGGCACCGCGUCCCUCUUCAAUGCUGCCAACUGGGUGGAAUCUAGCUCUUGGGAUGGUCGCUAUGCUAUGGUGGUAUGUGGUGACAUUGCUGUCUAUGCCAGUGGGAAUGCUCGAUCUACGGGUGGGGCAGGAGCUGUGGCCAUGCUGGUCGGGCCCAAUUCUCCUCUGGUCCUAGAACGAGGACUUAGAGGAACCCACAUGGAGAAUGCGUAUGACUUCUAUAAACCUCACCUGGCCUCCGAGUACCCUGUGGUGGACGGGAAGCUCUCAAUUCUGUGCUACCUUCGAGCCUUAGAUCGAUGCUAUGCAUUUUAUCGAAAGAAAAUCCAGAAUCAGUGGAAACAAGCUGGCAUUGAACGAUCUUUCACGCUGGAUGAUUUCCAGUUCAUGAUUUUCCAUACACCUUUCUGCAAGCUCGUCCAGAAGUCUGUAGCACGCCUGAUGUUCAAUGACUUCCUGUCAGCCAACAGCGAUGUUCAGAAUAGCCGCUACAAGGGUCUAGAGGCCUUCAGGGAUUUGAAACUGGAAGACACCUACUUCAACAAGGAGGUAGAGAAAGCUUUUCAAAAAGCCUCUUUAGAUACAUUCAACCAGAAAACCAAAUCCUCACUCAACCUCUCCACUCUAAAUGGAAACACAUACACCUCUUCCCUCUAUGGGUGCCUGGCCUCCCUCCUCUCCCAACAUACUGCCCAGCAGUUGGCUGGGACCAGGAUUGGUGCCUUCUCUUAUGGCUCUGGCUUGGCAGCAAGUUUAUUUUCAAUUCAAGUCUCCCAGGAUGCUACUCCAGGUUCCCCCCUGGACAAAUUAGUGUCUAGUGUAUCGGACUUGCCAAAACGCCUGGCUUCCCGCAAGUGUGUGUCUCCUGAGGAAUUUUCUGAAGUCAUGCUACAGAGAGAGAAAUAUUCCCAUGAAGUGAAUUUCUCUCCUCCUGGUGACAUAAACAGCCUCUUCCCAGGCACCUGGUACCUGGAGCAAGUGGAUGGGAUGCACCGCCGGAAAUAUGCACGGCGGCCUCUCUAAGGAGGAAUGGAUGGACCAGGCUGCCUGUCGUGAAUCAUCAGGCCCAUCCAGGCACAGGGUGAAGUGGGCUCCAGGAAACGCUGGCCAUGAGCAAUGCAGAAAGUCCACAUUUCAGGUCCCAACAGCAAAUACCUGACCUCAACUGUCAAACAUUACAUGAGCUGAACUAAAUGGCCAGCAUGAGCACAUGGCAUGGAGCUUUCCCUAGCAAUGCAUCCCAGCGAUCAACUGUUUGCAGACCCUUUCUUUAGCCUUCCCCCUUUGAAGACCAGCAGCACCCCCUCUCCCACAUCCCCUGGUAUAUUGAUGAAGCCGAAUACAAAGGACCUCUUGGUGAAGGGAACAAAGAUGGAAGAUGAAAGUGAAAUCUACCAUUUACCCCCAGGAGAGUACAUGGGUGAAACCUUUACCUUACUCAAUUCAAUUGAGCUAUGUGCCAGGUACCAGGCAAGGAAUAGAAAGAUUCUAAAAUAAAAAACAUUCACUGCCCUCAA